CAGAAUACAACUAUGUUGUUUAGUAAUUUUUAUUAUGAUAAAAAUGGACGCGUGAAGUGGAAUUUGCAAAAAUACUAAAAAAAACUAAUUAAUUGCAAAGAAAACAAAGUCAUAUUAUGCUAAAGUAAAAAAGUGAAAUUAGAAAAUUAACUUGUUAUAUACGCAUAAAGUAUAUAUAUUUCAAAAGAAAAUAAAAAUCAAUUUUUUUAGUGACGCAGAAGAAAAGAAUGUAUUGCAUGCGUUGCACAAAGAAAAUGGAAAAUUUUUUCUUAGAAUAAAUCUAUAUUGAUGAAAACUUCAUAUUAAUGCAGUGCAAGAAAUACAAAAGCAAACGUAAAUAAUAAAUUUAUGGUAAAUUGCGCGCUUACAGAGUUUUUUUUUUAUUAACGAGGCGGCCAAAUAAAAUCGAUUUUUGUGUGAACUUCGGCAAUUGUCUUAUUGAAAAAAAUUACGUCCUGACAUAGACGUAGGGAAGUGGCGCGCAAUGUCGAAUAUUGUGGAAACUCAUGUGACGUCCUCAAAGUCGCAACAAGAGCAACAACAGCAGCAGCAAAAAUUACAACUACAUACGACAACAAAAAUAAUGAAUACAAAAAUAAAUAAUGAACAUUUAGCCGGUGGUAAAGAUGUUGAAGAUAGUAAUAAAGAGAAAGGGCAACUCCUAGGGAAAACAGUAGGAGAAGCAGAGGAGAAACCAGAAAACCUUAUUAAUAAAAGCGAACAAAAAAUUGAAGAAAAACAAAUGCAGCCAGAAAAGUCCUGUCUAGUUAAGGACAACACAAAGGCAGCAAUAGUUAAUACGGUAACAUUAACUAAUGUUGUUAAAACCUUGUCUACAUCUAUAACGACAACUACUUCUGCAACUCCUGUGAAAGAACGCAGUAGUGGUGAUAAAGAUAAAUCUCAUAAAAAGAAGAAGAAAGAAAAAGAUCGCGACAAUGAUAGAGAACGUGAUAAAGAUCGUUCUUCUGAUCCUACAAAAAAAUCCAAAGAAAAAGACAAGACUUCUUCAUCUGAUAAAAAUCCACACCAUAAAAAAGAUAAAGAUAAAUAUAAAUCGAAUUCUUCUUCGUCCUCAACGAAAAGCUCAGAUCGUUCAAGCUCUAAAUCAAGCUCUAAAGAUGGUCAUGUGUCCAGCAGUAAAGCGGGAAGUGGUUCUAGUGUUAGCUCCAGUUCCAAGGCGAAAUGUAGCAGCAGCAGUAGUGCCUUCACACCAAAGUUGUCAUCAUCAAAUCCGAAUGAAGACAAAGAAAAGACAUCACUAUCCAUUUCGUCAGUGGAGUCCAGCAAUCGUAGGCGAAGUUCCGAAAGCAGCAAGACCAGUCAAAGCAGUCUUAUAAAGAUAAGUUCUGAAAAUGUUCUGGUGGACAACAAAGUAGUAGAAAAAACAGUUACAGCAGUUACAAUUAUAAACAGCCAAUCGAUGGCUAAAAUCAAUGACAUAUCAUUAAAGGAGAAAAAUGAUACAAUGGAGCGGAAACCAGUGGUUGAAAAUCAAAAAACCGAAGUAAGAAAAAUCUCCAUUGAAGACAAAAAAGAUUUAAAUAAUAAGGAAGUAAGGAAAGUCUCCACAGAAGACAAAAAAGAUUUAAAUGAAAAGGAAGUAAGGAAAGUCUCCACAGAAGACAAAAAAUGUAUUAAUGAUAAAACAAUAACAUAUACACCGACACUGGAGAAACAAUCCCAAAUUAAAACUGACAAAUCCUCAGCAGAGACAGUCGUAGCACCAUCACCCCUUAAACUAAAGCUAAAAGAUGAAAAUGUUAUUGAAAUCAAAAAGCUAAAGGAGGAAAAUGUUAUUGAAAUCAAAAAGCCAAAAGAGGAAAAUAUUAUUGAAAUCAAAAAGCUAAAAGAUGAAAGCAUUAUUGAAAUCAAAAGUCUUGUGACAAAAAAACCAAAUGAAGUUGCCAGACAAUUAGAUUUUAACAUCGAAAACAAAUUAGAUGCAGGUAAUACUCUGUCAACAGCAGCACCUCUAAAAAUAGAAGAUGUAAAACCGGAAAUAAAAUCUGAAAAUACAGUAAAAGAAGUAAAAAUCAAGCCCACAAUGCCGGCUGAUGCAAAAAUAAAAAUUGAAACUAUUAUAAUGCCUUCACCGUCUCAAAAGACGUUUAUCACACCAAUUUCCUUAAGUCAAGGAUCCGUGGCAACAUCACAUACCAUAACCAGCAAUCAUCAGUCAGGCCAUAAUUCAUCUACUUUAAAUUCCCCCCUAGUUACAAGCAGCUCAAUGUCCGUUUCAGCUACUUCUACUUCUACGUCUUCUUCUACAUCUACUUCUACAACUACUUCUUCAUCUUCAUCUACUUCCACUUCCACUUCCUCUACUUUAACCUCAACCUCAUCGUCUUCAUCAUCACACUCGGCCACAUCAUCAAGACGUUCUUCUUCGGGCAGUAGUAGUCAUAAUCAUCAUCAUCACAGAUCUUCAUUGUCCUCUUCGUCUUCGUCCAACAAACACAGUAGUUUGAAUUCCUCCUCCACCUCUUCAUCAUCUCGUAGCCGCGAAUGUUCUAGGUGUUAUAAAAGAUCGAAAAUACGUCGGGUUAGUGUGGGCACGCAAAGUGCAAAACACACACCAGCGCCAAAUGUCACACGUACCAGUCGCAACAAUAAUCAUAUUCCCAUAGGACUCGAGCAUCUUAAAUAUGGACAGUACUUUGAAGUGGAAGUAUAUCCGAAUGGUGGUGCCUCAGUAGUACAUUUGUACCAAGAUGAAAUACAAAAUCUUUCGCCCGAUGAAAUGGAAGAAUUGGUCAAUGAAUUUUUCGAAAUUUGUUUUGCUGAAGAUGAUGAAGGUUAUGCCCAUCAUGUUAUGGGCAUAGUACAUGAUGCGGCCAAGUAUUUGCCGGAUUUGCUAGAACAUAUGGCAGAGAACUAUUCAACGUUAACGGUAAAGGCUGGUGUUUUGGGCAGAAAUUCUGAUAUAGAAACCUGUACCAUGUCGCAAUAUUAUGAACAGGUGGUACGUAAUUAUUCCCAAGGUACUUUUCGUUAUGGUCCUCUACAUCAAAUCAGUUUAGUUGGUAAAGUUCAUGAAGAAGUAGGAGGCUAUUUUCCUGAUUUACUGGGACGCAUAGAAGAAAAUCCCUUCUUAAAAAAGACAAUGCCUUGGGGUCCUUGUUCAAUUUUGCAAACUGAUCCCCGGAUAUCUAAUGAUGGUCCCAUUUUAUGGAUUCGUUCUGGCGAACAGUUGGUACCUACUGCCGAAUUAAACAGUAAAACACCAUUAAAAAGGCAAAGGACACGAAUCAAUGAAUUGCGCAAUUUACAAUAUUUACCACGACUUUCGGAGGCUCGUGAGACAAUGAUUGAGGACCGCACUAAAGCCCAUGCUGAUCAUGUGGGACAUGGUCAUGAACGUAUAACGACAGCUGCUGUUGGCAUUCUAAAAGCAGUUCACUGUGGUCAAACUUACGAACAAAAUCGUAUUACCAAAGAUGUAGUAGCUUUUGCAGCGCAAGAUUUCAAUCAGUUGGUUGAAACUCUGCAACUCGAUUUACACGAACCGCCAAUAUCCCAAUGUGUACAAUGGAUUGAAGACGCCAAAUUGAAUCAGUUAAGGCGCGAUGGAAUACGCUAUGCUCGUAUCAAAUUAUGUGAUAAUGACAUUUACUUUUUGCCGCGUAAUAUUAUACAUCAAUUUCGUACCGUAACAGCAGUAACCAGUGUUGCUUGGCAUUUGCGUUUGCGUCAGUAUUAUCCGGGCCAAGAGGUAAUAAAUGAAAAGAAUAAUCCAGUUUUGGCAGAGCCUCCUCAGUAUAAGGAAAAACAAACCAUACUACCCAAUCCCAUUUCACAUGAUGAUACCAAGAAAACAUUCUGUAAACGUACGUCAGAGGGAAAAGCCAAGCGAGCAGAGUUGAAAAAACUCAAUGAAGUGGAGGGUUUGAGUAGACGUUCCAGUGAAAGUGGCACAGAUGAUUCAACAAAUGUCAUUAAAGAUGAAGCUAUCACUAAAAUGGACAUAUCACCGGCCAAAAAGAAACUAACUAAAGACGAGCCCAAGAUCGACAUGAGAAAAAUGGUAAUUGAACACAAUUUGAUAAACAAAGUGGUAGCUAAAAUUGUGUCUUUGCCACCAAAUGAUAAUGCCAAAGGCAAUAAUGUUAAACAGCCCACGAGUGGCCGUAAGGAGAAAAAGGAAAAGCGCAAACACAAGGACGAAGGCGAUAAAGUUGACAAAAAGAAUAAAAAUGGGGAAGCUUCUAAACGGCCCAAAAUGUCGGCAAUACAUGAGUUGACAGCAGUAAUACCUCCCACACACAAUGCUUUGGCAACAAACACAACAACGCCAACAAAACAUAAAACCAAUUUACCCGAACCAAUAGUGCCUCCUGCUUUGUCUUUGCCUUUAGUACCUCCAAAUCCGUUUACACACCGAGAAGCUUAUGUAAAUAGUCUAAAUCAAAAGGAACCCGAAAUUAAAAUUCAGGUACAAAUCGUUUCCGAUCAACCUCGUGCAACUACCGUUCCUGCUCCUCCCACAACCCCCAAGAAAACGCAAACUUCGUUAAUACAUACAAAUCAAGAUGCGGCGGCUUCAAUAACUUCUAUGCAACUAGCAACACCUUUAAAUGUGGCGGCUACAGCUCAAAAUCAUAUAAUCAACAGUGUUGAGGAAGCCUUAACACCAGCGGUGAUGGCAGAAGAUGUAUUACUUUCUCAACCUCAACUUGUUGUAGAUCACGAGGAAGAGGUCACAAUAUCAGAUGCAAUUGACUCUACUACAGCGGUAGUAGUAGAUGCAGCUUCAGUACCAAUUGUCAAUUUUCCACCCACACCAGCUGUUGUAAGUGCCCCACAACCUCCAACUCCUCCCUUGCCACCACUACCACCGCCUCCACCCAUACAAAUGCCUUUACCUCCACCACCACCCCCCACUGCAAACACUGAGCACACGCCUAAAAAGAAUGUUGUACAAGUUAAAAAUACCAAAGUUUCGACAUCCAACUCAAUUUCCUCCUCCAUUUCCUCCCCUUCUCCAACGGCAACAAAAUCACAUAAAAGUAGUAGUUCGAAAAUUAGCAGCAGCAGCAAACAAAAUCUAAAAUCUCCCAUAGAUCUCUUGAGCUCUAUAAUGGCCAGUAUGGAUACGAAAAAUAUAACUACUACAACCAACACAACCUCUCAAUCUAAUUCAUCAUCAACAUCGGCCACCACCUCCACCAUUAUUGGCUACACAACACCCAUGAAUUAGAUUAUAGAGUCACACGUAUUCAAAAGGUUUAAGGUUGCGUGGAAAAUUGUAUAUAAAUUGUAACAUGAUAUCACAAACAAAACAGUUAAAAAAAAGAUGCAUCAAAUGCAUAUGUAUACAUACAUACAUAUAUUUGCCGUGGCAACAAUUUAAAUAGAUUAUGAAGGAAAAGGGAGUUUCAAGUAUGUUCUCGGAGGGAAAAAACUUUCGCAUUAUUUAGCCAUGGGAGACGUGGUUUUAAUUCGAAGUAAUGUUCCCACAACUAGUUCCAAGCAUGACAAUUUCGAAUAAAAAACAAUGAUAGCAAACUAGUUCUAGAAACGUUCUUAAGAAUAUGUGUUAUUUAUUAUCGAACUGGUUCCAGAACCUUUCCAAUGAUUCAUAGAGAAUUAUACAUAGAGACGAGACACUCCAAAAUACAACAAAUCAUAUGUUUGAUACAACAACAAAAUACAUUGACUAUCAUGUAUUUUGUUGUUGCAAGAGUUAGGUUUUUGAAAAUUACGUAUCGUCUCUAUGUUACCCUAUGACUUGAUCCAAUUUAAAACAAAAAUCAUUAGCCGCAAUGCCAAACUAGAAUGAGUACUGGCUAUAUGCAUGUGUUCUAGAACUAGUUGUGGAACUUAUACACAUUUUCAUGAUUUAUUGAACAAUUGAAUAUAAAAUCUUUAGCCGAGAGAAACAUGGGUCGUUUCGGAGUGAAGAGUAUUGAAAUCUGUCUAACAAAAUAAAAGAUUAUUUCGUUUUAUUUUGAUAAAAAACUUUGUAUAUGCUUUUUGACCAACCCAUACUUCGAAAUUAGUCAAAAUAUAAAAAAUAAAUUUAUAUUUUCUGUGACCUCCGGAGUUUGGUCAAUUUUACAAUUAUAAUAUUCUGUAGGCCAAAUUAUUUCAAAUUACUUGAUAUUUGUCAUCAUCAAGGAAAUAAUAACCCACUAGUAAAAAUCAAACGAAAUUCAUCACUCUUUUUCAAAUAGAAUGUUUUGAAACCGAUCAAUUUCUGUUUACCACUUGAAAAUCUCUAUCGUGUUUCUUUUUAAAUUGAUGCCGCCGUAUAAAUAUUUAUUUUAUUUUUGGUAUUCUCUUAUAUACAUAUGAUUAAGAAGUUAAAAUAAUAAUAAUUAAUAUAUUAUUGAAGAAAUAAACGUAAAUUUUGUUUUAAGUUUUUGGCUCGCAGUUGAUUCCCAGAACUUUGUUCAUUUUGCUACAUACACACUUUAUAUCUAAGAGUUAUAAAAUAUAAUAUAUACAUACAUAUAUUUAAAAUAACCUCAUCUUUUUUAUAAGUUCUAAAAAUAUAUAUUUCUCAUUAAAAAAUGUAUAAAAUUAAACAACAACAACAACAAAAAA